AUGAAGUUCUCUUUGAGCGCUGCUGUCCUCGCUUUGGCCGUCUCCGUGGCCGCCCUUCCCCAGAAGGAUGUUAAUGCUGCUGGAAACGGUGUUGGCAACAAGGGCAACGCCAACGUCCGCUUCCCCGUUCCUGACAACAUGACCGUGAAGCAGGCUACCGAGAAGUGUGGUGACCAGGCUCAGCUCUCUUGCUGCAACAAGGCCACCUGGGCCGGUGAUGUCACCGACGUCGACGAGGGUAUCCUCGCUGGUACUCUCAAGAACCUCAUCGGCGGUGGAUCUGGCUCCGAGGGUCUCGGUCUCUUCGACCAGUGCUCCAAGCUGGAUCUCCAGGUCGCCAUUCUUGCGAUUCCCAUCCAGGACCUGGUCAACCAGCAGUGCAAGCAGAAUAUUGCCUGCUGCCAGAACUCUCCUUCCGAUGCCAGCGGCUCCCUCAUUGGCCUGGGUCUUCCUUGCAUUGCCCUCGGUUCUAUCCUGUAA